ACUUCCACGCCCAACGGUGCCCUGAAGUCUACAAGAUAGUCUGUCUGUCUGUCAACACACCAGAGAGACAUGGCUAUGACCACACGUUUGAGCUGUACUCUGACUCAGAGCGUCUCUAUCUGUUUGGAACUGACGACCAAGACAGCCACAAGGAGUGGGUCAAAUCCAUCACCAAGAUGUUUAUUCCGUCCAAUGCAGAGGCUCUGUUGAGACUGAGCUUUGAGCGGAUUGGCCGGCUAAAGUACAAGGACGGGUUGAACCUACAGAGCCCUCGGGUUGGCUGGUUCGCGCUGGUUGGCUCCUCCCUCCAUGCCUACCUGGAGGACAGUGAGGAAGAGGAGGAGAUACACCUACGCAAACUACAGGAGCUCUGUCUGACGUCCGAGGGUAUCUACCGUAAGAGCGGAGUGAACAGUCGCGUGGCGGGGCUGUGCGAGGCGUUUCGGCGUGAUGCUCGUAGCGUGCGUCUAAAGGAGGGGGAGCACCAGGUGGACGACGUGUCUAACACACUGAAACGCUUCUUCAGAGAGUCUGAAGAGGGACUGUUCACCACACAGGCUGCUAGCGCAUGGCUCAGCACACCUGGUGAGUCCUACACACCUAACACCCUAACUCCUGCACCCUAACUCCUACACCCUAUAUCCUAACCUCUACACCAUGUAUCCUACACCCUAACCCCUACACCAUGUAUCCUACAACCCAACACCGUGUAUCCUACACCCAAACCCUACACCCUAACCCCUGCAUCUUAACACCCUAUAUCCUACUUCCUUACCCCUACACCCUAACCCCUAAAUCCUAACUCCUACACCCUAUA